GGUGCUGGCAUGGGUCCGGAUGCAGCCGAGCACCGUCCCCACAACCUGCCUGGCACUGGGGAUGCUGCACAGAGCUGUGAGAGCCCCGCAGCAGAGCUGAGGAUGGGGCACGAUUCUGCCAACGCAUCACCCAAAACUGUCUGCACCACCUGGAGGCUGCUGCUGCUGCUGCUUGGGGUCAUGGGGCUGCUGGUGGCGGCACUGUCCGGGGCCUGGCUGCUGGGUCAGUGCCUGCACAACAGCCCCAGCUCCGUGCCCAGCACCCUGCCCAGCCGCACUCCUCACCCACUGCUCUCCUCUCCCAAAGGGCAGCACCUCAGGGGUCCACAGCCGCACCAGGGCUUGGCCAAGCCACAGACAUCAGAUAUGGUGACAGCGUGCAGUGAGGGCGAGGAGGAGGAGCCCGUGGUCCGCGGGGCGCCUGGAGGAGAACGCUUCAAAAGCUUUACGUGCAGUUUAUCAUCCGCUACGAACAGAUUGCUUUGGAGUUUGUUUUUCUACAGGCCCUGCGUGAAGCGCUGCGGGGAGGUGAGGUCGGUGCUGUCAGUGUCUUUCAGGAUCCAGGCGGGUGCCUCCCUGCUGGCGGUGCGGCCGCAGGACCGGUCCCGAUGGCUGCUGGCCUGCUAUGAGCACUGGCAGCCCACGCUGGGCACACGGCUGUGCCGGCACCUCGGGGCGCUCAGAGCGGUACAUCAGAAGGGGGUGAAGCUGACGGAUGUGAGGGUGGAGGACGGGCAGGAGUUUGCCCAGGUGGGGUCCAGCCUGGCGGACGCGUGGCAGAUCAGGAGCAGCUGCGAGUCGGGCCGUGUUGUGGCCCUGCAGUGCUCAGCCUGCGGGCAGCAAACGGCACCGGGGGGCCGCGUGGUGGGGGGCGUGGAUGCUGCCCCGGGGCGCUGGCCAUGGCAGGUGAGUGUCCGCCACGGCUCCCGGCACCGCUGCGGUGGCUCCGUGCUGGCACCGCGCUGGAUCGUCACCGCCGCCCAUUGCGUGCACAGGUACAGAGCUGCCCUGAGCGCAGCACCUGCAGUGGGGCUCAGGGUCUGUGCUGGGGGCUCAGAACUGCCCUGGGAGCCCUUCUGUCCCCUCAGCUACCGGCGGCGGAGAGCACUGGGCUGGACGGUUCGUGCUGGCGUCACUCGUGGCUCGGCCGAGCAGGAGGUCGGGGUGCCGGUGGAGAGAGUUAUUUCUCACCCGCUGUACAAUGAUAACAGCAUGGAUUAUGACAUUGCUCUGAUGAAGCUGCGGGUUCCCUUGAAUUUCUCAGACACCAUUGGAGCGCUGUGCCUGCUGCCCUCCCACCAGGACCUGCUCCCGGGCACGCCGUGCUGGGUGUCGGGCUGGGGCUACACCGGGCCUGACCAACCACAGCUCACCGAGACGCUGAAGGAAGCCCUCGUGCCGUUGAUCAGCACCCAGAGGUGCAACAGCUCGUGCAUGUACGCGGGAGAGCUCACGGGCAGGAUGCUGUGCGCCGGGUACCCGCAGGGGAAGAUCGAUGCCUGCCAGGGUGACAGCGGGGGCCCCCUGGUCUGCCAGGAUGAGCUGGCGUGGCGCUUGGUGGGCAUCGUCAGCUGGGGCCGGGGCUGCGCCGAACCAAACCGCCCGGGGGUUUACACCAACGUGGCUCAGCUUCUGCCCUGGAUUUAUCACAUCACCGAGAUCUACUAGAAGCGAUGAGAAAACUCCCACGGUGACCCACAGCCCAUUGCAUAUCUAAGUGAAGGAAAGCCCAGGACUAAUUCACACUGUUCCUAAAACCCCUAAAGGAACGGCCCCAGACACCACCAGAACACGGGGGCAGUAUAAAUAGUUUAUUAAAGAAAAUAGCAAAUUGCAUUUGUGUGAACAA